CGAAUACUGCGAAAAGGAGCUGUUGUCGGUUGCUCUCGGGUUGUUCAUGCCAUGAAAAGCAGUUAAUGUUUGAAAUUGUUGAAUGCAAAUCAUUUAAUUGAACUACCGAGGCAAGAUGUACUUUCAUUUAUCGCACAAUCUUGUUCUUCUCUUCGAUAAAUGGAGAGGGAAUACUCUAUCAGAUCAUUUUUAUUUCGCCUCUGUGAUUUUUGUUGUGGCUGCUGUCUAUGAGUUUUUACGUUCCUACCUGAAGUAUCAAAGCUUUCUGCUGGCCAGAAAUGAUGGAAGGCACAGUCCGCGGGCGGUGGCUGCCUCAUUAUUAUACCAAAUAAAUUUUAUUGUUGGAUAUGGUCUAAUGCUAAUCGCCAUGGUUCAUAGUGUCGUCUUAUUCGUUGCGAUAUUGUUAGGCAGUGGAGUCGGGUAUUUCAUUGCCCAGCCUGCGUACGGGAUAUUAUCAAAUCUUUCUGGGAGUGGUGUGUAUCAUGUGACACAAACUAAAGAUGUAAGACUGGCCGAGAUUAAAAAAGAGAGACUGGAUACUAGUUUUUGUACACCUGAUCAAUUUACGUAUAUUUAAUCAAUGAACGCUAUGAAUUAUGAUUAGUUUACCUCCCUCCGCAGAGCCUAUAGGAAGAUGUUUUCAUUACUCUAUAAUAAUUUCUGUAAUUAUAAAGAAACUCUGUGGAGGAGACGAUCUCGUACACAAGGUACUUUUUGUCAUACCCACAACAGCACCCUGAACCCUGGGUACGAGGCUGUGCAGGAGUUUUUGGGGCCGGUUGUAUCAAGCCCGUUUAGCUUAAACGGUAGAUAAGUCAAAAUUAAAUAACACUCUUUAUACAACUCUCUUGAAUGAGUGAACUCAAAUAUUAUGCACUCAAUAUGUCGUUGUAGACAGUAUCCGAGUGUAUUAAGGUCAAAAACAUUUUGUUCGCUUGUUGAAUAAAACGGCAGACUUGCUUUCUAUAUUGAACUUAUCCACCGUUUAAGCUAAAUAGGCUUGAUACAACCGGCCCCUGGUAAACAUUUUGAGUGAGCAUUAUACAUGACGUGUCGAUACUGGCCAGGUGAAUUGUUGACCCAAAUAUGGACACCAUUUACUCGUUACUACCUGAAUAUACAAAUGUAAUACCUACAACCUUGCCAAAUGUUUUGCAUGUCAAUGAUUGUUUUGCACGAUAUUUUAGGUCAUGAUCUAAAAAGACGCCAAAAGGUGUCUAGAAUUGUGUGAAUAUACAUAAACUGCCUAACUAUUGGUCAUUUCCCCUCUUCAUUACCAGAGUAGCAUGUCACCAGCCCUAUUGACAAAAUAUGAGAUUUCUACAUAUCCAAUAUGUGUGUGAAGGAAGGGAGUGGUUAUUUUUAUAUCAUUUUCUACAAAGUACUGAUCUUUAAUAUAAGUAUUCAACAUAGACAUAUAGUUGCUUGUAAAUAUAUAUUUUUUUAUGCCAACCUUAAGAGUAUAUUAAAAAUUUUAUUUAUACUAUUUAUAUCCUAAA